AUGGAAAUUGACCAAUUUUCAUCCACAACUUCAAAUUUAAGAGAAACCCAAGUGGGUUAUUGCUCUACACAAGAGGAUGUGGUUCAAGCAAAAGGGAUUUUCUCUGGAAUGGAAUUGCUGAGAGAGAUUGAUUAUCUACCUAUUGAGAACGAAAAAGGAACCAAAUUGUUCGAGGAUGAAGAUCAGAAACAGCUACAAGAACCCCAAGUUGAUAACUUGUUGUUAGAAGAGGUUAAAUAUGACUAUGAUAUGCAACUGAAACCAACAGAACAAUUGGAUGGAACUACAGGGCCAGCGAAACAUGGCAUAGAAUCAGCUGAAAACAAAAAGCAGGUGCCACCAUCAUUAGCAUCCUUAGAGCUGCUGAGAAAUUAUGGAAGCAGAUUGAAGAGGCUAAAUGAGCAAAAUAUAAGCACCUUUCACAAUACGAAAACCUCUUUGGAUCACCAAAAGAUAUCAACUGAAGAAAUUAUAAGAGUGGCUGGAGCAAGGUAUAUUCAAUAUUCUGCACAUUGGAAUGAUAGUUUUUGCAUCCCUAUGCACCCAUACGGAUUGGAUGUUGGUAUUUUGUCAGAGGAAGAAAAUCGAGAUGUAGAACUUGCUCAGUUUCUCCUUGCUGCAGCUGAGAGGGUAGGUUGCCAACAAUUUGAACGUGCAUGCAGGUUGCUUCUCCAUUGUCAAUGGAAUUCAUCAGUCGGUGCAAGCCCUGUUCAAAGAGUUAUCUUUCACUUCGCUCGAGCACUUCGAGAGAGAAUCGAUAAAGAACUAGGAAGGAUAACAGCUAAGGGAUCAGCGAAAAAUGAACAAAGGGAGUUCACUCAGAAGAUUGACACCAACAUUGCCCUAACAUUCCAUCAGAAAAUUCCUUUCAAUCAAGUGAUGCAAUUCGCUGGGAUACAAGCUAUAGUGGAACAUGUUUCAUCUGAGACCAAAAUCCAUCUCAUAGAUCUUCAAACAAGAAUUGGGGUGCACUGCACAGCUUUGAUGCAAGCACUGACUGAACGCCAGGAUUGCAAAGUGCAACUUUUCAAGAUAACCGCACUUGCACUUAAUUCAUGCAAAACCUUGAUACAGGAGACUGGAAAAAGGUUAGCUAGUUUUGCUGAAUCCUUGAACUUACCCUUUUCAUAUAAUGCGGUUUUUGUGACAGACUUUGCAGAAAUAAGGGAAGAUCAUUUUGAAAUUGGAGAGGAUGAAGCUGUGGCUGUCUACUCUCCAUAUUUUCUAAGGUGCAUGGUAUCAAGGCCAGAUUGUAUGGAAAACUUGAUGAGGGUUAUAAGGAAUAUCAAACCAGUUAUAAUGAUAGUCCUUGAAGUAGAAGCUAACCAUAACUCACCCUCCUUUGUGAACCGCUUCAUUGAAGCAUUGUUCUUCUACUCGGCAUUUUUUGAUUGCCUCGGAACCUGCAUAAAACAUGAGAUUGAGCACAGAAUGACAAUAGAAGCAGUAUUUUCUGAUGGGAUAAGAGACAUCGUGGCAAUGGAAGGGAGGGAAAGAAAAGUUAGAAAUGUGAAGAUCGAUGUUUGGAGAAGAUUCUUUGCAAGGUACCGGAUGGUGGAAACCGGGUUUAGUGAGUCCUCUCUUUGCCAUGCUCACUUGGUCAACAAAGAUUUUGCUUUUGCGAAAUUCUGCACUAUAGACGAGAGUGAGAAGUGCCUCAUUGUUGGAUGGAAAGGGACCCCACUGUAUUCAAUCUCAGCUUGGAGAUUUCUUUAA